GCGCAGAGGUCGAGGCGGUAACAGUAAAAACAAUAUCGUAAAGAAAACCGCGCUCCUUCAUAAAUAUAGAAUGAUCCUGAUAGAUCGAAUCUUCUGUUAGUACUUUGUUGUUUUCUUUGAAAGUAAAGUUUUUGAAGAUGCCCGAGCAACAGCAGAUCAGAGUCAAGCGGAAGACGCGACACUGUCAGCACUUCCUCCUGAGCUGCUGCCUCUUCUUCGCGAUUCUGUGCGCCUGUUUGACAGCCGCGUUGGUGCUCGUUGGUAAGCAUUACUAUUACAACGAGCUUCCGGAUUUCCGAUGGUCCUCAUCUGGAGGUUCUUCACCGCCGAAGCCUAUCGAGAGGCUUCCGAGGAACGUGUUACCAAACAGUUACGACAUCAUCCUCAAGCCGUACCUGGACAGCGGCCGCUUCGAAGGGCUAGUGAACAUAAGUUUAGGUGUUAGUGAGGCUACGGACAGAGUGAUCCUGAACAGUAAAGCUCUGAAGAUUGGUUCGGUCAACUUGUACAACUCGAGCGGAUCGGCUUUAGAUGUGCAGGACAUCAUCGCCGAUGAGUACGAAGAGAAGUUGAGCAUCGUAUCCAAGAGUCUGUUGGAUUUAGGAGAGUACAGUUUGUCCAUCAGCUUCACUGGAACUUUGCUCAACAAAACGAGCGGUUUUUACAUGAGCCGCUACAAAGCGGAUGACGGAACUGUUAGGUCCAUUGCGACGACGAAAUUUGAGCCAACGUAUGCCCGUCAGGCCUUCCCAUGCUUCGAUGAGCCAAACAUGAAGGCCAACUUCACAGUCCACUUGCUCAAGCCGAAAGAGAGCGAGUACAUCGCCUUGUCCAACAUGCCAGAAGAUGGAGAUCCAGUUGAUGUUGAGGAUGGAGUGAUGGUGCAUUUCAAGGAAAGCGUGAAAAUGUCCACCUAUUUAGCUUGCUUCAUAGUGAGCGACUUUAAGAGUACUAAUGACGAGAUUAUGUCUAGUCAUGGAAACAUUCCAUUCAGGGUGUUCGCUACUCCUGCUCAACUGGAGAAGACCAAUUACGCCCGUGUGACUGGAAAGAAGAUCAUGGAAUUCUACCUGGACUACUUCAACAUCAAAUAUCCACUCCCAAAAUUAGAUAUGGUUGCUAUUCCCGAUUUUGUCUCUGGGGCUAUGGAGCAUUGGGGUUUGGUCACCUAUAGAGAAACUGCUUUGCUCUUCGACAAGAACAUCAGUUCUUCUAAUAACCAGCAAAGAGUUGCAACAGUUGUAGCUCACGAGUUGGCUCAUAGUUGGUUCGGAAAUUUGGUGACGAUGAAUUGGUGGAACGAUCUUUGGUUAAACGAAGGUUUCGCUUCAUACAUCGAGUAUAAAGGAGUGAACGCUGCUGAACCCGAUUGGGGAAUGAUGGAUCAAUUCAUCGUCGAUGACCUCCACGCUGUUCUUAAGCUAGACGCGACUAUGGCUUCUCAUCCCAUUGUUCAAACUGUGGAGACUCCGGAUCAGAUCACCGAAAUCUUCGACACAAUUUCUUACAAUAAAGGAGCUUCUGUCCUUCGGAUGUUGGAAAACGCGGUGACGGAAUCAAUUUUCCAAAAGGGUGUCACCAUGUACUUGAACAAACAUGCUUAUGGUAAUGCCGUCACGCAGGAUCUUCUCAACGAACUUCAGUCAUUAAGCGAAGACGGUGUUGAUAUUACUGAGUUCAUGAACACCUGGACCGUCCAGAAGGGUUAUCCCAUCGUGACAGUUUCCAAAACCCAAACAGGUUUCAGGUUGACCCAGAAGAGGUUCUUGGCUGACCCAGAUAAAGAUGAUUCAGCUUCCGGCAACGUCGCUUACGGAUACAAAUGGACCAUUCCAAUCACUUACAUCACCGAUAAGAACAACGAAUCUAAAUUGGUUUGGUUCAAACACACCGAUUCGCACGUUGAUAUUGAUGCUGGAGACGCCGAUUGGGUUAAAUUCAACGACCAUCAAGUCGGUUACUACAGGGUCAACUACGAAGACGAAGAUUGGAUGAAGCUGAUCAAGAACAUUCGUAACUUGGAUGUUUCCAAUAGGGCUCACCUCUUCGAAGAGACCUUCAGCAUUGCCGAAUCUGGUCAAUUGCCUUACAGGAUUCCUUUGGAUCUCACCAAAUCUUUGGUGGAGGAAAGGGAUUACGUGCCGUGGGUUGCCGCAUCUAACGCUCUGGACAAGAUCAAGGAUUACUUGAUCAGUUCCGACGUCUAUUCCAACUAUAAGACGUACAUAAUCAACACUGUCAGCAAAGCUUACGAACAUUUCACUUGGGUGGAAAAACCAGAUGAAGGUCAUCUCUUCAAGAGGGCCAGGGUUGUUGUUUUGGAUUUAGCCUGUACUAUGGGUCACGCGGAUUGCCUGAAAGAGGCGAAGAAGCACUUCGAUGAUUGGCUGCAAGGAACCAUAAACUUCUCUCAAGAUUUGCGCGGAUUGGUUUACAGUUUCGGAAUGGAAUCUGCGAGCGCUGAAGAGUGGGAGAAAGUGUGGGAGAAGUUCGUCAACGAGAUCGACGCAGGCGAAAAGAUCCGAUUGAUGAACGGUCUGGCUUCCACCAAAGAACCGACUCUUCUCAUCAAAUUGAUUGAACUUGCCAAAGACGAUACUUACAUCAGGAAGCAGGAUUACUUUUCGUUGUUAUCUUCAAUUUCUUCUAAUCCUCUUGGUACCAGCAUCGUCUGGGAUUAUGUCAGAGAGAAUUGGCUAGUUUUGGUGAAUCGCUUCGGCUUGAACGACAGAUAUUUGGGUAGACUUAUUCCGAGCAUCACCCAGAGAUUCUCAAGCACUGUGAAGAUGGAAGAGAUGGAAGCUUUCUUUGCCAAAUAUCCUAACGCCGGUGCUGGAGAGUCGGCCAGGAAGCAGGCUCUGGAAACAGUAUCCAACAACAUCAAAUGGUUGGAGGAGAACAAGAAGUCUGUGGAGGAUUGGAUCAAGGCCAACUAAAUUAAAUUAAAUAGAUAGAUAUUUUGUAUAUAUUAUAAAGAA